GGCAAGCACAACAAGACUGAACGGCGAUAUCGCCAAAAGGUCCAGGUCGCUCAAGCCGAGCUUCGCGAUGCCGUUCCCGCUCUUCGAGUCCACUAUGGCACAUCCACGGCUGAGCAGAAGCUAACGACCGACUUCCGGGCGGCGGACGGCACGGUCGACGGUCUCGGCGAGGUCUCGCGCCCGAACGCCUCGGCCAAGGCCACCAUUCUCAACGGUGCUCGGCUGUAUAUCGAGCUGCUGCAGAGCCGGCUCACGGGAAUGCAGCGCAAGAUCGACGAGCUCGAGGCGUAUCGGGUAGGCGUGGCCGGUCAGGCGGAUCUGGAGCGCUGGCGAACAGACUUUGACGCGAGGGAGGCUGCGCGGCAGGCUGCCUUUGCCAAGGUCAAGAAGGAGGAGAUGGAUGUCAUUGAGAUGGAUGGGUCCGAUUCUGAGUCGGAGGAUGAGGCGCCAAAGAAGAGGAAGAGGGGUCCUGCUGCUGGCGGUGCGGCCGGCAAGAAGAAGAAGGCUGAGGCAGAGUCGAGCGGGAAUGGCGUCAGGGUCUUUGCGGCGUUCGCCAUGUCGUUCUCGCUCGUCCCGUCCGCAUCUACUUUACUCCGGCAUCAACCCGUCGGCGACAUCUCUCCCGGCCACGUGCUUUCGGGCGAGGCGACACCCACUCAGGUCAUCUCCCGCCUACCGCUCAUCACGGCCGAGCAUGUCUAUCGGGUCUUCACCAAGGUCCUCCCGUCGGCGGUCGUGCCUACACCUGGCGUGAUGGUGGACUGGACCUGGCGGCUGUUGGUCGCGGCCGUGCUGGUUCUGGUACUGGGCCCGAUCAUCAGGGCGUGGACCAAAGGCGAGGAGGAACAUGUACCCGCUGGAGAUCUGGUUGAGAUGGGUAAGGACGCGGUCAAGCUUGGAUUGCGGAUCAAAGGGGAGGAAGAUGAGGAAUGGGUGGAGUAUGGUGCGAAGGUGCUUGGGAAAGCCGCGCAGCCUACGGCGCUCGCUCGGCUCCAUCUCGCCAUGAAGCUCAGGCGGACAGCUACCACUCCUUACGCCCUCGCGCUUCUCGCUCUCACUCAGCCCGAGACUAGACUCUUACCGUCUCCGUCGGCGACAUGGCAGCAGGCACGCGCUCGUCUAUCCGCCGAAGACCCGGCGGCUCUUCAAGCUGUCCUCGCUCUCCCAUUCGAGGAGGCCAAGAACAGUCUCGCCCUCCUCCCCACUACCUCAUCCCCCAUCCCCGCCAUCGCCGAGCAGAUCACCCUCGUUCACCUGAACGACCUCUACUCGCGCUUCUUCACCCGUCUUGUCGACUCUACCAUCUCCCACACCUCUCUCCCCAUUUCCGUCACUGCCCUCAUCGACAACCUCAGCUCGAAAUCGCUCAAAGCGGACCUAUCCACCUUCGAUCAGGAGAUCCGGGACACCAUGCUGGGCGUGUCGAGGGGCACGGCGGCGCACGCCCUCGGUUUGGUCCUCAUCGGUCUAUGGGGCGUCUUCUCCGGUCCCGCACCUUCAGCGCAGGCCAGUCUGGCUUCUGCUCUCGCAGGCGAAGAGAUCAAUGGCGGUGGAGCGGGCUUGUCCAGUGUCUCGUCGAUGCUGGACCUACUCUACCCCGGCGCCGCCCAGUCUGUCGUGGCACAAGACCGGCUUCGCCUCUCUGCCCUCCCGCAGAACGCUAUUGCGCUCGACAAGCUCGCUUUGGUCUGUAUCGCCUACGUGACGCUGCUGUACACCUGCGGCGCUUCCUUCGGCGGAGUAAGCAAGGCGGACAAGGCCCGCGCUAUCGGUCGGGCCACAGCCGACCUCCGGCUCGUCAUCUCGGAAUGCAAAUUUGUUGGCUUGGACACAGUGGCGGGGUCGAGGGUAAAUGAGGAGGAAGAAGAAGAGGAAGUGGUCGAGCUGAACGAGGAGGACGAGGCGGAUAAGGCUGUACAGAAGAUGGAGGGGGAGAUGAGGCGGUUUGAGGAGGCCAAGGAAAGACUGGUGGGCGUGCUUAGUGUGAUUGGGAGGAGGGCGGCGGGGAGGGCGGAUGCUGGUGAGGACUCGGGGCUGGAUGCGGAGAUAGAUGAGCUUUGA